AUGUCUUCCAUGUUCAUUGCUGUAAAAAACAUCAAGCCGGAACACCAGCUCAGGGCAAUCUGGGUGAGAGCAGUACGGGUAUACGAAGUGCCUGAGAAAAGGGGAGAGGGCCAGGCCAGUAAGAGCAUGGAAGUAUUGUUCCAUGAUGAAGAAGGAGACUACAUUCAUGCCAACAUUAUGAAAAAAGACAUUGUAAAAUAUAGAGAAAUAUUACAAGAAGGGAAAGUUUUUGAAAUCAAAAACUUCAUGGCUUCUACAAAUUACUAUGUCUACAAGAUUACAGAACAUGACUUCCUGAUCAAAUUCAACUAUAGAACACAAGUGAAGGAGAUACAUUUUAAUGGAUUUCCUUUCAAAAUGUUUCGCUUAAAGAGUUUCAUUGCUUUGAAAGAUCCUGCCGAUGUUAAUGACAAGGAACUGAUUGAUGUGAUUGGAAGGGUCAUUGAGAUCUAUAAUCCUGUGGACAAGAUUAUAGGUGGAAAGGCAACCAAACUGAUUGACUUUCAAAUUGAAGACAAUGCUGACAACACCCUGACAUGUACACUUUGGAAUGAACAUGUAUCUUCCCUUAUGCCUUAUUACAAUAGUGAUUCGAAAGAACCACUGAUUGUAGUCAUUCAGUGCUGUCGGGCUAAAGUUGUUAGUGGUGAGGUUAGAAUAACCAGUUCAUAUGAUGCUACGAAGCUUUGGUUCAAUGAGGAUUUUGAGGAAUUCCAUGAGUUUAAAUCAAAGUUGAAAGCUGAAAAUACUCCAAUGAGAAGUCUUAGUACUGGCACCCUACAUUCAAACUCUACAGGGAUUAGUGAGUUUAAAAAUGCUUCUGUUAUUGUCACUAACUGCCAUGAUCUUAAGAAGGUUAAAGAGAAACUAAAAGAACAGGAAGGAUCACUGAUUUGUACUAAGUGUCACAAGCCUUGUGUGAUGGGUACAGUUAGAUAUAAAGUUGUUGUAAUUGCUCUUGACAAAAGUGGAGAUGCUCCACUAUUGCUUUGGGAUAGAGAAGUGGCAGAACUUGUGGGUAUUCCUGCUUCGAUUUUGUAUGCAAAAUACAAGGAGGUUGAUGUUGAAGUGCCACCUGAGUUGGAUGCUAUAGUUGGAAUGAAGAUGCUGUUUAAGAUCAAUUUUAAACUGGCUCUAAAGAGGGGUCCCAAUUACCCAUUCAAUGUUGUGAGGGUGGUCAGGGAAGAACACUUGUUGAAAACCUAUAGUGAUAGGUUUGUGGAGCAUCAAGACCAAGACUUAAUGUCUAGGAUGAUUGAGGAGGAAACUAACCCUGAUGCAAUUUCUAAAGAAGACUCUAUUGGAGUGGAGGUUAAUAGUCCUGCAUCUGUCCAGCCCUCACAAAAGGAAGGAGAUGACAGUGUUGACAACUCUGGAGCUAUUAAAAGGUCACUUUUGGAUGAGUUUUCAUCAUCCAAAAGUAGGAAGAAGUUGAAGGAAUCAGAGAUCAAAAAGGAAAAAAUGUAG